GUCAGGAUCUGGGCGGCGGUUGGGCGUGGGCAUGCGGCGGAUACCCGUACAUAUUUCUGAUCCCGCGCACGGGCCAUCCGAAGUUUGGUUCGGCCUCGACCAUCACGGCGGAAGGCUGGCAUUGCGACAGCACCGCACAUCCAGCAUGGCCGCCACUUCCAGAACAGGGCUGCGCGCCUUCCGCUCGCUGGCCUCGACGGUCUGCCGGCGACCCUUCUCGCACACGGCGCCCGCGCUCGCCGGCCCCCGAGACGCCGGGCUGCCCUUCGACUUCGAUGCCGUUAUGGGCAACGUCGACAGCAACUUCAAGAGCGCGGGCUACUCGAGCAUCAUCCCCGGCUCCGAGUUUGGAAACUCAAUCAUCCGCGAGUGGGAGGAGGACGACCGUCACAAGCUCACCAUCUACUCCACCAAGCACAACACGCACCUCACAUUCGCCAAGCCGAACCGCGACGCCCUCAUCUCCGUGUCGUGCGGCAACAUUGGCUUCCGCAAGGCCGGACGCGGCACGUACGAUGCGGGCUACCAGCUGGCCGCCUUCGUCAUGAGCAGAAUCAGGGACAAGGGCCUGCUGCCACAGAUUCAGAAGCUGGAGCUCAUCUACCGCGGGUUUGGCCCAGGGCGCGAGGCUGUCACAAAGGCCAUCUUGGGCUCGGAAGGGAAGCAAAUCAGGCCGCUGAUUGUCAGGCUGUCCGACUCGACACGACUGAAGUUUGGAGGUGUGAGGGGCAAGAAGCCCAGGAGACUGGGCUAGAGUGGCAGGGACGGCGGACGGCGUGUGGUUAUAGCAGGAGCAGUCACGUGUACAGUAUGGCAAUGGGAGACUAGACGUCAGCAUUGGGAGGCAGCAUUGGGAGACUACACAUCACAUGGGGAAGACGGGGGAGCUGUACAUCAGUGUGCGUGUAAGUGAUAGGACGAGUCACAUCAAAUUCUUUGGCAGCGGCGCUC